UAGAUGAAAUGAAUGCUGUGGAGAAAAAUAAAGCAGUGAGGGGGGAUGGGAGCACUCUUCCCAUUGGGUCUUGUUGCCUUUUAACUUACGCUUCUGUGGAGAGAGUCCGUUGUGAGCCCUUGCCAAAUUCAGUGUUUCUGGAAAGUUAGCUUUCUCUGGUCUUCUCUCUGGUGGUCUAGACUCGGGAAGAGGCUCUGUCAGGAUUGACUGAAAGCGGAAGGGAGGUCCCUGGUGUUGUGCCGGCCCUGGAACAACUGGUGCUGAUGGCUCCCUUGGCGAAGGAGUCCGCUUUUCAACCCAGGAAGGGUGUGCUAGAGUAUCUGUCUGCUUUUGAUGAAGAGACCACCGAAGUUUGUUCUCUGGGCUCCCCUCGUCCUCUUGCUCUCCCUCUGGUGGAGGAAGAGGAAGCAGUGUCUGACCCAGAGCCCGAGGCCUGUGAUGACUCAGAGUUAGCAGAUGACAGUCUCGGAGAGGGGACCAUUUGUCCUGAGUCCAGCCAGCAGGAACCCAUCACCAAGCCAGGCUUCACACACCUGAGCAGCUCUCCUUGUUACUACUUUUACCAAGCGGAGGACGGGCAGCACAUGUUCCUGCACCCUGUGAAUGUGCGCUGCCUUGUGAGGGAGUACGGCAGCCUGGAGCAGAGCCCGGAGAAGAUCUCGGCGGUAGUGGUGGAGAUUGCCGGCUACUCCAUGUCCGAGGACGUUCGACAGCGCCAUAGAUACCUCUCUCACCUGCCGCUCACCUGUGAGUUCAGCAUCUGUGAGCUGGCUCUGCAGCCUCCUGUGGUCUCUAAGGAAACCCUAGAGAUAUUCUCAGAUGACAUUGAGAAGAGGAAGCGUCAGCGCCAGAAGAAGGCUCGGGAGGAACGCCGCCGGGAGCGCAGGAUUGAGAUGGAGGAGAACAAGAAACAGGGCAAGUACCCAGAAGUCCACAUUCCCCUAGAGAAUCUACAGCAGUUUCCUGCCUUCAAUUCCUAUACCUGCACCUCCGGUUCUGCUUUGGGUCCCACCAGCACCGAGGGCCAUGGUGCCCUCUCCCUUUCUCCUCUUAGCAGAAGUCCAGGUUCCCAAGCAGACUUUCUGCUGACCCCUCUGUCACCCACUGCCAGUCAGGGCAGUCCUUCAUUCUGCGUUGGGAGUCUGGAAGAAGACUCUCCCUUCCCUUCCUUUGCCCAGAUGCUGAGGGUUGGAAAAGCAAAAGCAGAUGUGUGGCCCAAAACUGCUCCCAAAAAAGAUGAAAACAGCUUAGUUCCUCCUGCUCCUGUGGACAGCGAUGGGGAGAGUGAUAACUCAGACCGUGUUCCUGUGCCCAGUUUCCAAAAUUCCUUCAGCCAAGCUAUUGAAGCAGCCUUCAUGAAACUGGACACACCAGCUACUUCAGAUCCCCUCUCUGAAGAGAAAGGAGGAAAGAAGAGAAAAAAACAGAAACAAAAGCUCCUGUUCAGCACCUCAGUCGUCCACACCAAGUGACACUGCUGGCCCAGCUACCUUCUCCGUCUGGUUUUCUUUUUCCUGUGCUUUUGUUUUGCUGCUGUAAUUUUUAAGUAUUUGAGUUUGAACAGAUUAGCUCUGGGGGGAGGGGGUUUCCACAGCGUGAGGGGGAACCAAGAAAAUUUUAAAUACAGUGUAUUUUCCAGCUUCCCAUCUUUACACCAAAAUAAAGUAUUGACACUCACAAGAGAUCUCUUCCUGCCAAGAUUUUUAGUUUGUUACCAGGGUUAGUCUUUUGACCCAUGUAUAAUUAGUUUUUCUCAACCCAAAUAAGUUUGAGUCCCUUCACCAUCCCUUGGAGCAGCCCACACCCGAGUGUUCUAGCACUUGUCUGCUGACAUGUCAGAGCCUCAUGGUUUCAACACACCACUCAGUGUGUCUUUUAAUAGUAGUGGAGUCUUUCCUGUUUAGUUUUCCUCUUGUUAAAGAAACAGAGGAUGGGAAUAAAAUGGAUUUAGGACACCCAGCUUGAAUUGCAGUUUUUCUUCUGAGAAAUGGCCAGCCUACGGUGCCGGGGCCUGGGUUGCUUACCUGUGUGCUAGAGGGUUUUGGAUCUUGUAUGUGGCUCAUUUGGCAAGGAAAGCUGUAAUUGUCACUAAAGAAGCCCUGGAACCUGCCAACCGUUAGAUGAAGCUUAUUUCAAGUGACAGUGGCCUGAGCUGUAGGAACAGGAGUCUGGCAUACCUGGAGGCAGAGCCGGGCAGGUCUGAAAGCAGUGGUGGUGCCCACUGCCUCCCUGUUUUCUAGAGCAGUCUAUGGCUUUGGAGCGGAAUUUGAGUGAUGUGAAUUAUUUUGCUGCUUAAUAAAAUGACCUCUAGGUAUAAUAGAAUGUGAAGGCAAACAGUUGCAAUAAAUCACCUGCACAAGCAA